CAGCUUUGUACCGCAGCGGUGAGGUAGGGGCGGGGCAGUGGUGGCUUAGAGACCCGGCAUGCCGGUGGCGUGCCUGCGCAUCUUGGGUAGUAGAGCUGGCUCGGUGGUCUCCUCUGCGACCACCCUUGAGUGUGCGGCAGCGGCAGCAGCGGCAGCCGGAAGGUGCCUGAAAGGAGGUCUAGAGUGGACGUUUGCUGGGGUCCGAGGUUUCAGAAGCGCCGCUGUAGCCAUGGCCCCAAUCAAGGUUGGAGAUGCCAUCCCAUCAGUGGUGGUAUUUGAAGGGGAGCCUGGGAACAAGGUGAACCUGGCAGAGCUGUUCAAGGGCAAGAAGGGGGUGCUGUUUGGAGUCCCUGGGGCCUUUACCCCCGGCUGUUCCCAGACCCACCUGCCAGGGUACUUGGAGCAGGCAGAUGCUCUGAAGGCCAAGGGGAUCCAGGUGGUGGUGUGUGUGAGCGUGAAUGAUGUCUUUGUGACGAAAGAGUGGGGACAAGCCCACAACACAGAGGGCAAGGUUCGGCUCCUGGCAGACCCCACUGGGGCCUUUGGGAAGGAGACAGAUUUGUUACUAGAUGAUUCACUGGUGUCCCUCUUUGGGAAUCGACGGCUGAAGAGGUUCUCCAUGGUGAUAGAGGAUGGCAUCGUCAAGUCCCUGAACGUGGAGCCAGAUGGCACAGGCCUCACCUGCAGCCUGGCCCCCAACAUCAUCUCACAGCUCUGAGACCUCGGGCCCAGAUGUACUCCUUCUACCCUUUCCUAUUUCGCCUGCCCAGCCCUGAGCAGAGGGCCCCAGCCUAGCCUCAGUUGGGGCUACUCAAUUGGAACCUUGACCAGAUUUCUGCAGUAAACACUUCUGGUCCACGUCUGUC